CUUAUACUCUUGCUACCUCUACCACUAUGGGAUUUGAAUCGGCAACUGCAUCUCUGUGUUAAGGUGGUGUGGCAACUCGAACUGAUGUACGUACGUACGAAGUUCUACGUUGUUACUGACUGACUGACUGACCAUUAGUAUCCUGGAGCCCUUGUACACCUUUGGUUUGGAAUCAGGGUUUUCAAACUCCCCUAGAUGGACUCUUCGUGUCCACUAACCCGAUCAAAGCGCUGGAUAUUGGCUUCUCGCCUUCCUCAAUUUCGUGAAUAACGCACCGGUCACGAGAACGCAUUGAGCAGGACUUCCAUGGUAGUGGCUGUGAGAGCAUUUCGAGAGUGAGAGCUGAUUCUCCACACCCUCAGCCGCAUUUGUUCUACAAAUUCAUUUACACCAUCAUUCGAAUCUGUAUACUGAUAUAAUGAAUUAGGAUGUUUGUAUUUUUCUUAUAUGAGCUCCUUUAAUUGAUUAUCAUACGGCUUAUAUUUUCUGAUUGUUAAAAUUCAGGACUACAUUUUACCAGUCUUUUUUUAACAGACUGACACCUUGAUAUCACUCUUGGCUAUUAGUGGAUUAAAUCUUGUAAUUAUUUAAAUGCUUUCUUAUUUAAUACUCUUUGACUAUGGCACUUCACUCAACCUGACACAAAUCAGAACAAGGAACUGUAACAAUAGUGUAAUUAAAAUACCAUUUUGAAUAGUAUUUACCAUAAUAAAAUUUUACUGUUUUCUCAAAUAGCCGACUAACAUUGAUCACCUUAAAUACAAUAAUCAUCAUGUUCGAAUCUGGUUCUUGUUCUCUUUAAUUUAAUCUUCUGGUGGCAGGUAAUCCACUUUCGAUUUUUGUAACAUAAUACUUAUGUCUGUCAGUAUAAGCAGCAUACACCACAGAUGUGCUUAUAUGUGAUAUUUAGGUUUUCACUCGCGUGGACAUUUUUCAUAAAGGAUAAUGAUAUUUUUUUCAAUUCUCAGUGUAUGUAUUGUGAACUAAGAAAGAGUUCUAGAUAAUUUGAAAUGUAUGUCUUGGGUCCAGGAUAUCCUGACCGUUGUUGCCACCUUGACGUGGUGGUCGGGCUUGCCUAUCGUGAUGAAGCAACCGAGCUAUACUGGCUGGAACAACCGUUCCUCAAGGUCGUACCAUGUCAGACAGGUCGGUUAAAGAGAGGUAAGACUGAAAGCAACAAACCCAAGGUCCGAAGGCGAAGUCGUACUGUUGACUGUACAGAGGUGUGACAGCUUGACAGCGAUGCUGCCUUCUCACAAGGAGGGGUGGGGUGAGAAUGAAUUCCGAAUAAAUGUAUUUCAUACAAUCUUUGAUCCAGACAAAAUAUCGGAGAAGCGAAUAGAAGAGAGUGAAGCAAAAUGACGCGCAGUGGAGUAGGCUCGUUAGCCAACUCCAUUUAAUCAAGCGUUAAUCAAUAUUGUCAGUCACACAAAAUUAGACUACAGACAUGUGAUGAAUGAGACAAAAGGGCACAUACAUAUACGCUCAUAUAAAAACAGUCUAGAUUGAUAAGCGAAUAAUUAAGAAGGUCAAAAUAUGACUUGAGUAGAACGAAUAUAUUGGACUGUGCGAAAGCUAGAAUAAGGUAUUUAGGCUUAACAUAAUAACCAACACUACAAUUAUUCACCGGUGUUAAUGUUUAAAUUCAACCAAUCCACGAUAUUGCGCGACCACAACUCUAUACUGAUAAUUAUCAUGCGCUGUUGCUACCUUGACGUGGUGGUCGGGCUUGCCUAUCGUGAUGAAGCAACCGAGCUAUACUGGCUGGAACAACCGUUCCUCAAGGUCCUACCAUGUCAGACAGGUCGGUUGAAGAGCGGUAAGACUAAAAGCAACAAACCCGAGGUCCGAAGGCGAAGUCGUACUGCUGAUUGUACAGAGGUGUGACAGCAGUAAGGUGUUUCCUUCAGACAACCAGCAUGACAGCGAUGUUGCCUUCCCACAAAGAGGGCUGGGGCUAGAAAAAGUCAACCCUAAAAAUGCACACCUCGCCUUAUCCCACGGAUAUCCGUCUCCGGCGGUAAGGUCCCAAAAAGUACGGAGCUAAUACAAAAAUUACCCUUAAAAAGGUCGUGUGUGACCGACCUCAAGCAGUUGUCCCUUGGGCACUGCUGUCACGCUCCCAGGUCACUAAGACCACCUCUAAUCCAAUUUCCUUUUCAGGUACCUCCAGAACAACCCUUCCACGGUGUGGGCACCUGGGAAGUGAUAACCGCCCUCAUACCUCUAACAGCACUUAAGACCCUCAUAAUCCAGGAUAUAAUCAUUUUGUUUUGAUUAAUUGUUAUACAUGUUGAUUAUAUAUAGUUUUUCGUAAUCAUUAUUCCCUUUAGUCCGAAUGAUGAGGAUUCACCGAACUGCUUAGUUCGAUUAUCGAAACACCCUGUAAAAUCAGGUUAUUCAGGACAUAUCUGGCAAAUUGGUAACCUAAUCGUAGCAGCAAUGAAUGGUCCGUAUGGAAAGUUUUUAAAAUCUCUCAUUCAAGAUUUACAUCCGAACACUCAAAAACUAUGGUCAGAUUUUGUCAAAGAUCUCGAUGGGAUCAACUCUGUAGAAGUUGCUGAGACAUCUCAAUCUGCCAUUGAAAAUCUUAAUCAUUCUGAUGUCCCAUUUGUUCUGGCACCUGUUACAUCAUCAAAUUUAAUGCAAAACAAAUUAUUAGAUCUAAAUGGAAAAUCAUCAUCUUAUUUCUUAGAUGAUAUUGACAAUGAUAAACAUGAUGAAUAUGGUAAAAAUAAUCAUGAAUAUCUUGCUUAUCAUCCAGUGAUACCAGCAUCUACAAUAGUUAAUCUGCAUCGACAAACUAUUUUACAGAAUUUUAUGGAUUCAUGGUUAGAUCCAGAUGAAGAAUCUGAACAUAAUGAUAAUAGUAAUAGUAUUUAUGAUCAUAAUAAUAAUAAUCAAUCUGAAGAAAAAGAUCAAGUUAAAACACCUGAUAUCCAUAUUGGAGUUCCUGGACCUUUAGGAGAAAUGUAUUUUCAUAACAAUAUUGAUAGCGAUGAUGAUUUUUUCAAUGGUCGUGAUAAUGAAGAUGAUGAAAAGGAUGAGAAUGACGAAUUGGAAGAAGGCAAAGACAAUAUUCACAGUAGAGGUUAUUUUAACAUUGAGGAGGACGACGAUGACGAUGAUGAUGAAGAAGAUCUUAAGUCACCAAUUCAAAUUAAACAACAACAUUCCAGUAAACAAUCAAUCAUUAACACUAGUAGUUCAACAUCUUUGCUGCAUAAUGAUUCAAAUAAAUUAACUGAAGUAUCUUAUGUAACAACUCAUAAUAACGAAUCUUCUAUCAGCAUAAACAGUAAUGGCAAACUAUCUACAACAAUACCUACUCCUACGACUACCACUACUCAUACUACUACUACUACUACUACUACUACUAUUAAUAGUAGUAUAUCAGAAGAUAUCGAAAUUAAAUUAUUGAAUAAUGAUGAAGAAACAGACCAAACCAAACAUAAUACUUCAUCUGAAUCAAUUGUAACAUUAUUAAAUGCAAAUUUUUUUAAAAAACAAUUUAAAUUGUGUACAAUUAUCUAAAUUUAUUUCUAUUCAUUCUAUUUGUUCCUUGCUCUCUCUCUCUCUCUCCCGCUCUCUCACUUCCACUCACUCUCUCUCCUUCCGUCUCGCUUUCAGUCUCUGUGUAUAUCUCUUCUUCUAUAUAUUCUUGACAGUUAAUGUUUCACAAUUCUCAAAAUGUGCACUAUUUUUUUUACUUAUUACUAUUUGAAGAGUUUUGAAAAGAAAAAGAAGAAAGAAGAAAAGAAAAGAGGACACAACAUGUACACAGUUUUUUUGUUUUCUUGUUCCCAAGACAGUAUAUACAUCUCAAAUGACUUAGUCACUAUCUUAUUUCCUUUGAAAUUAUAGUUGAAAUUAUCUUCGGUGAGACUAUAAUUUAUCGAUGACCUUUGAAUGAUGCUAGAAUGACUUUGAAAGUGUUCACCUACUGACUAGGAACAAAUAAGUGUGAUAAGCCAGUAUGAGGAAUUAGUAGAAUGAUGAUUUAUAGUCGAUGGGUAGUGGUUAAGAAUUAGAUAUAAGGUUUUUCAUCACAAACUGACAUCAGCUAUACAAUGCUAAGAUUCAAUGAAUUUCAUGCCAAAAUCUGAAACCUGUUAUUUUAUACCUGAUUUAUUCGUCUAUACAUUAUAGUCUCGCUUUCUAUUCACAAUGGUUCCAUCAUUUGUAGAAUCUCAGUUGUUGUUGUUGUUGUUGUUUUCUUUUCAAUAUAUUAACAGAGAAACAUCAAUGAUAUCAAUAUUGUGUGCCUUUAAUCUAAUCCAAUUAUUAUCUCAUAUAUAAUUGUGUCAUUUUUUUCUUGUAUCAAUGAAACCUUCAUUAUAGAGUGAAUACUACUAACAAAAAUUGUGGAUAGUAGUAGUAGUAGUAUUGUAUGUUUUAUUCAAUUUGAUUCAUUUAAAUCCAUCAUGGUGACAGUCUCAUAUUCAUGUUAACACCUUAUUUUUCUCCUCUUUCAAUAGUGUGUUAAACAACAGUUUCUUUUUUCAUAUAAUGAAAACGAAUGACUUUUUUUUAAAUGUAACCAGACAUUAGCUUAAAUAAACAAACAAAUCAACAACAACAACAAAACCUACCAAGCAUUAAGCACAUAUAGUUUCAUCCUUAUUUUAGAUCUUCCAAAACAGUAUGCGUCCUAAUCUUGAAAGAUUGUUUAUCAUAGUGUAUCAAUUGUGGUAAUGUUGUAUUAUUUGAUCAACAGCCAGUACAUAUCUAUAUAUACAUGGAAUACAUUUAUUGUGUCUUUAAUAAUCUAAACAUCAUUGUAUGUUUGUAUAUUAUUGAUUUGAAUUAAUGACGAAAACUACCUUAUAAUUUAUUUAUUUAAACACAUAAACAAGGAGGUAUGAAAUACAUAUGCGCCACACAAGUCACUUCAUUACUGUGUGAUUAUAAUACUGUCCCGGUGACAAGAUUGAAACAGGUGGUUUUCUCAGGGGAUCACACCUGGAGCCUUCGACCUAAAGGUCUGAUCCACAAGGCAGUGGAGCAUCAUCGUAAAGAGAUGCAGUCCCAUGGUAGCCAGUGACCAACAAUACUCCAUUUAUUCCUUCAGGAUACUGCAGCCCAUGUGAACCAUUGGUUUCGGAUCAGGGCUUUUCAAUUCCCCUCGAUGGACUAUCAAUAUCUACCAACACGGUUAAAACUCGGGACAUUCGCUUUUCGUCUUCUCAAUUUCGUAAACAACACUUUUGCCGAAAGAAGGCAGUGACUAAGACUUCCCUGGCAGUGGUUGUAUGCAAGUGGCGAUAUGAGAGCAUUUCUAUAGAGAUGGCUAAUUCUCCUCACUCUCGGCCGUAUCAUGGCAUUUGGAGGGCACCUUAUAAAAUAUACAAUGAUUUUUAUAUUCAUUAAGUAUUAAAGAGUUCAUCGAACUCAUCGGCUUUUAACAAGUAAAUUUUAGUAUGAAACCUUGC